AUAUCGAUGAUACAAUCCAUUAAUAUAGUGCAAAGUUCUACAGGUAUGAACAAUGCCUGCAGGUCCCAUUGUAGGUCUAAUAGUCUCUCUUUAUACAGUACUAGUUUUGGCUUGAAAGAACAGAAUCUCAAAUGCUUUGGAGGUCAACACGAUAGCUUGUCACUUCUCGGAUCAAGAAAAGGACUUUUAACUGGUCACAUAAUUAAGAGGAAGUUUGUGGUUUGCAACAAUGGUCAACCAGGAGUUCCCUUGCCUUCUCCACCAUCUUCAAAUCCCUUCAAUGGUUGGCUUAUUGGAAUCCUGUUAUCAGUAAUUUUACCAUUCUUCCGCUACAAAUGGGGUUCGUUAUUGCAUCUCAAAAAUAAAGUGGAAAAUAUAAUACAAACAGUAGAAGAGGUAGUAGAAAAUGUGGAGGAGUUGGCUGGGAAAGCAGACAAGCUGGCUGAAAACAUGGGGAAUGAUUUGCCAGCAGGCCAACUCAAAAAUGCUCUCAAAGCUGUCGAAAAUUUCUCAGAAGAAGCAGCCGAGGUAGCUCGUGCAACUGAUGAUUUCAUCGAUAAGAUGCAGGGCGACUACGAGGAGCGUAAAGCGGAUGGUUUACCAAAAGAGCAACUCAAAGAUGCUGUUGAAAAUUUAUCAGAGAAAACAGCCAAGGUACAAGAGGUGGAGCUUAAAGCAGAAGAGAGAGUGAAGUCGUUGGUUGACUCCGUCACAGAUGAUGACAAUAAAACUACAGUAGUAGAUGUUCUAGAUUUUAACUCAAAGAAAUAACUCCUACAAUUAAACUAUAGGUCAUUCUAUAUAGGGUUUAUAAUGCUUUUAGUCCUUUGAUUAUUGAUAAAUUUUAGUUUUAGUUCUUGUGAUAUUUGACUAUAUAUAUUUAAUCUUCAAUUAGUUGAAAUAUGUACUUUUUAAUCCAUUUGCUUGUGAAUAUUUGCAAAUUUACGAUAAUUACUAUA